AUGUAUUGUUCUUCUAUUUCAGAUGAAAUAACAGAUUAUAAGCGAGUAUGUUACUAUGGAAGCUGGGAAAUCUAUAAAACAGGAAUCUAUAAAUUUACCGCUGAUAGUAUUCCAGAUCUAGAUCUCUGUACUCACUAUAUCUAUUCAUUCGCUGGAGUCGACCCAAAAACUAAAACUAUUGUACCUCUUGACGAAGUCGACGAGAAAACGGGAUAUGAGACCUUGACGGACAAGAAGAAGAUCAACCCUGACAUUAAGGUCAUUCUGGCCAUCGGCGGUUGGACAUUUUCAGCUUUACCAGCUUUUACAGAACUUGUCAAAACUGACGAGAGUAUGGAAGAAUUCUGUGAGAAUGCUGUAAAAUAUUUGAGAAAAUGGAAAUUUGAUGGGGUAGAUAUGGACUGGGAAUAUCCCGGUAAUCGAGGAAGUCCACCGGAAGAUAAACAUAACUAUGCUACUCUAUUGGAGAGAAUGCGAGAAACUUUUGAAGCAGAAGCCGAAGAGACUGGUAACCCACGUCUACUCUUGUCUUCAGCAGUCCCGAUUGGCAAGUCCAUCGUGGAUUCUGGAUUUGAUAGAAAGAGACUGGGAGAAGCUGUAGAUUUUUUAAAUAUUAUGGUUUAUGAUUUAUACACAAUAUUCUCUGAUAAUGUGGGUCACCAUGCUGGUUUAUAUCCGAGAGCAGGCGCUACUGGUGAAGAUCUACAACUCAAUGCUGAAUGGGGUAUGGGAUAUUGGGCAGAAGAAGUGGAAAAAGCGAAACUGAUACUCGGUCUACCAACUUAUUCUCGUACUUUCACCAUGAAUACUACGGUAAACGAGCCCGGGGACUGGGACGUCAGUGCUGGAGUAGCCUUCAGUAAAGUGUCCGUUGUAAGGUAUUAUGAGAUUUGUACAAAGUUACAAGACGGUACAUGGACAGAAGGCUGGGAUGAUGAACAAAGUGUACCGUUCGCCUUCACAGAUACAGAAUGGUCGGGAUAUGAUAACGAGAGAAGUGUGCAAGCAAAGGCGGACUUUGUAAAAGAUAACCAAUAUGGUGGAUUGAUGGUAUGGCAGCUACCAGCUGAUGAUUUCCCGGGCACGUCCUGUGGAAAGGGGAAAUAUCCUAUAAUUGAUGCUAUGCGCAAAUCACUCGAGAGCUCCCGGGGUAAUUUCAUCUGA